AUGUUCAGACAAGUGAUGGCAGAAGUGACAGAACAGGUGACCACAAGCGAGACACCGAUGGAUACGCCUAUGGAUGACACCGAAGAGGGAGAGAUCUUAGAGGACGGAGAGAUUGCCGACGAGGACGAGGACACCGCUCCGGCCGCAGACAGUGCCGGACCAGACUCGCAGUCCAAAAGGUCUGACCACAAGAGCUCGUCCGGUGAUAAUGAGAAGGAAAACAAUAGAGAAAAAGAUAACAAUAGAGACCGAGACUCACGAAGACGUGACAACAAGAGUGAGGAUAAGAAUAGAGAUAAUAAAGACAAAGAUAGGGACAGAAGAGGGGAUAGGGAUCGAGAGAAAGACAGACGACAUGACAGACAGAGUGACCGCACAGACAGGUCUUCCAGAGAGCGCAAGAGCUCUGAAUCGGACAGAGAUAGGGAAAGGGAUCGCAAGACCGGCGCCAAUGCAGCCAAUGAUGAAGAACGCCGGCGACGGGAAAGGGAUCGCAAGAGACGACAUUCCGAUGAGGGAGACAGAGAUGAGCGCCUGAAAGGACAGGGAGACGACAAACGGAAGCGAAGGGACGGCAACUGGAACUCCGAAUUCAAUAAUGAGUCCAAUAAUAACCCGACAAUCAAUCGAAACCCUUUCGAUGACUACGAGCGCCGGCCGUUCGACGACUUUGACUUCCGUCAACCGCCAAACCCUCAGCAGCAGCCCUUCCCUCCCAACGCGGGCCCACCCGCUCAUCACAACAACAACAACGACGAAGACUUUGACUUCGAUGAGGAGGAUUGGGACGAAAUGCUGGCCAUUAUGGGACAGUCGGCUGCGGCGGCCAACCGUCCCAUCGAUAACAUGGAGAAGCGAAAUAUGAUGCGAGCGAUGGCCGAAAUGGUUCGCCGGAAUCUGGACUCGGAUAAGGGUCGGCGACUGCGAGACAUGAGAGACAAGCGCCGGGCGGGUGCGGGCAAUGACCGACAGCCCGGUCCCACCGGCACGCGGGCGCCCAACCGUCCCGAUCGACCGGAACGCCAGUCGACGUACAAACAAAUCUGCAAAUUCUUUCUGGAGGGGAAGUGCCAUAAGGGGCCCGACUGUCCCUAUUCUCACGAAGCACUGCCGCCCAAGAAGAAAGAGUUGUGUAAAUUCUAUUUGCAGGGCUUCUGCGGCAAAGGGGAGGGCUGUCUGUUUAUGCACCGGGAGUUUCCCUGCAAGUUCUUCCACACGAACGUCGAGUGCUAUUCGGGCGACAACUGUAGGUUCAGUCACCAGCCGCUCACCGAAGAGACGCGAGAGAUACUGAGGAACUACUUGGACUCCGGCCAACUGCCCGAUGACCCCAAACCCGACCGCCAUAAGCGCCACAACGACAGCGCCGGCAGACGCAACGCUCACCAUAACGACACCAAAGCCAGUGAUAAGGGCGCCGACAAAGGCUCGCAAAACCAAACCAAUAGUCAGACAAACAGUGAGACAAACGCAGACAAUAAGGAGAGUCCCGGCGGCGACCAGUCGUCCGCCAACACUACUUACGCGCCGCUCAAACCGGUGCCCAAACGACACGCCCUGUUAGGCGACCCCACGAACGACAUGAAGAGCUCGCACUUCACGUGGCAGUGGCAGCAGGAGAUGAAGGAACUGGAGGUCGCAUAUGUGGGCAAUAAGCGGAACCUAUUCUGCAUCGAAAAGGAGUUCGCGAUGAGUGCGAAGCCGGCGACGCCUCGCAUGGAGGACGACGAGGACGAGAUCGAGGAGCAGAUCCGCAACUACUAUAAGGACACAAUGCCUGAC